GUUCUAAGACAGACUGCAACAGCUCUUUACGACCUGCUUCGACAACACAUCCGAGGAUUCAUUUUUUAAAUGUUCUUUUAUUUUUGGUUAAAGCAAUAAACAAGACGGAGCUAGUUGACAUAACAGAAACCUAACAACGUUCUCCUUUUAGGGUCAACAGAGCAUCGUUGAGGACAAGGUGGUCUACACCCAGCACAGCCUGUCAGUCCUGUCCAGGGCCUCACGUAGACACAAACAACUUUUUGACAGAGAGAACAAGCUCUCGUCCCAGGAGAAAGUUAUGAGCAAUCCACACAGAUAUGACAUCUGGCUGGGCUGAAACAGAUGUUAUAUCUGUGACCUCCUUGCUGUGAGGCAACAGCACCAACCACUGUAACCACCGUGAAGACCAGCAUCAACACACAGUGUUUCAUUGUGCAACAGAGUUCCUGCUCUGGACCUCUCCACCUGGUCUUCAGAGCACCAGACGGGCCCCAUACCUUAUCACCAGAGUGUGGUUUGAGUCCUGAUCCACAACAUUUACAGCCCGUGUCCUUUUCAGCAGUGCAGUCAGCGACCAAAAAAGCACCAAGACGCAGGUGCAAAGACCGACAGAGCCAGUAGUAGGAAAGAAAAGAAAGCCACAGGAUUCUCUGUGGAGCAUGACUGGGAAGGCAUUCAAACACAGUACCAUACCCGGCCCAACUCAACCCUGUCCAGUCACAGUCACGGCCCGUGCGUGUGUGAGUGUGUGGGCGCGCACGGGGCUGAUUUGGAGGAACAUUGUUGAAAAGACUACACGCACAUGUAAAGCCACACAGACAGAAAAAAAUGCAUAAGCGAAAGAAGAAAAAGAAUAGAAGGAAUGAGAGUUAAUUGGUGUGUGUGUGUGUGUGUGAGAGAGAGAGAGAGAGAGAGAAAGGUAUGGCAGGAGUGUUGUGUUGGCUUGGCUGACCGUCUGCGGUUGUGCGGCGGUGAGAGGAGAGGGAGUUUUGGGAGCGCAGAGCGGGCGUUGCUGCCGAAAUCCCUGAGAAAUGUUCGUUUUGGAUCCAUGUCCGUGCUUACAUACCGCCCUCCCGACUGUCUCCCAUUCUUCGUUUCGUUUUUCCUCUUAAGGUUUUAACUCAAAAGUUAUGAAACGGGGAGUCAAAUGGUGAGAAAGUGCGCUGCCCUCCAUCCGUCUUCAGUGCGGGGCCGCGGAGGCUGCAGGCGUGUGGUUAUCAUUCGCGAAGAUAACCCAAAAAGUCCGCUUGGUUUUAAGACAGAUGUUCACUCAGCUCUGGCAGGUGUUUGAAUUCUUCAUGUUUCUUAAACUAUUUCAUUUUUUUUUACUUAACUUUUUAUGUGGCGCAAGGACUCGUUAGAGAAACGGAUUCCAACGCGUAAAAUGUUUUUGGAGGCAGCCUUUUUCCAAAUCGUUUAUUAGCAUUCUUUGAAUUAUUCCCAUGUACCAACGCUGGUUGAAACAAGACAGAACAAUGCAAAUAACAGUCCAAAUGAAAUGUGCCAGAUUCUAGGGGAAGAAAAAAAAAAUGUUAGUUUGCACAGCGAGCAAGUGAAAACCAUUCAUUACCAGAUGUUUUUCACAUAAGACGGAACACCAGUCAGAGCUGAUAUUUUCGCAGAGCAAGUUUGGUCGGCAUCGCAUAGCGACUGACUAAUGCCAUUUUGAUCCAAUAAGUGUGCGUGUGCGUGUGUGCGAGGGAGAGAGAGUGGAGAGAGAGAGAGAGAGUGAGAGGGAGGGAGAAGAGGAGCAUAAGGGAGAGAGAGGGAGGGAGGGAGGAUUGAUCCGCGUCUGUUAAAAUCUUGUUCUGGUUUUUCUUGGAGUGAGGUCCGUGCCUGCCGACGCGCCUCUCCUGUGCAGCCCCCCUUUAAGAAGAGCUCUUAAUGGAAGGAAACCUUGGAAUUUUUGGAAAGUGAGAAGGAUCUGCAUAACACAAGUGGAGUGGAUAACAGUGCACGGCUGUGGCUUUUUCAUGCGUUCUCUCUCCCCUGGUUUGACUGAAUGAACGGGGAGGCAGAUAAAUGGUGGAGAGAGAGGGUGCAGGUCCUGGACUUGGACUCGAUCUGUCAGACUAAUUUGGGGUAAACACGUCUUCAGAGUCUGAACUUUUUUCAUUUCUUCACAAACUGACGAGCUCGGCUCCUCUGGCACAGCGGACUUGUUUUUUCUUUCCUCGGAACGCGGAGACUUUCCUGUGUUUCUCCCCCCUCCAGAGAAACUGCUCUAAACUUUCUACGUUUAAAAAAAUAAAUAAAACGAUCAGAUUGCAUUUUCCCCCUUCAAACAUUUUGGAGGUGAUGUCAUCGUGCUGUGUUUUGGCUGGCAUUGUGUCGGGAGGGCGCACAGAGGACUACUGCAGCCAGGCGGUAACCAGCGGCUGAGGCGAGAGGGGAAGUCCGGAAAAUCAGGUGCAAAGUGCGGCUGUCAUUUCCUCGCCGUGUCGCGGGUGGCUGAGUCCGCCACCCAGUCACAGCUGUUCCCAUCCUCUCCGGCCACCCCUCCCUCCCUCUUCGCCUUUCUUUUCACUUUAUUACCCUCUCCUAUUCUCAUUCACCACUCUCCAUUCACCCCUCUGAGCUGGACCGCUGUCACCCUCCCUGCCGGACAGUGUUGGUCGGUGUCACCUGAGCCGCAGAUCCGUUGAGCCAGCGUCGGAGGAGCAGACAUGAGAGAGGGCGCUUUGCGUUACCCUGCGCCUGCAGAGCCCCCGUCUCCAACUCAGCAUUUACUCCAUCAGUCCGCCCAGGUUGUCCACAUCCUGCAGCGUCUGACCCCGUUGAGCUGGGACUGAACCCGUGUCUGUGUCCGAACGAACACUUACUUUAAGUCAUCUCGGAGACCAGGAGACUGAAUUUGUUCUGAAACCCUGUGGAUUACCGGGAUUACCAGGUUGCGCCGCAGCUGUCCCCGGGGCCCGGCGUCACACUGGUCGAUUGUAGUUGGUUAUCUUUACGCGUGGGCGCGCUUUCACCUGUUCCUCUCAUUGUCGGGGACGCGCGUCGUUUAAAGCCCUAACCCCCCCUUUUCCACCCUUUUGCUCCCCCGCCCAUCUGUCUUCACCGGUCUGGACAGCUGUUAGAGGUUGCCCGGCGGUCACAGUGGCACACUUUUACCUUACACCCGCACGCUGACCCACGCCGGGGGAACCGCCGCCGAUGCCAGCUGGAGUGUCUGACUUUUUGACUUUGCCCAACAUCCAGCGGAUUCAGAACACGCAGGGGAACUCUCCGGACUGUCGGACUGGCUCAUCCCGAGCGAGGAGACCGUCUCUGGGCCAAGUUCCAUAGUGGAGGGGGGAAGCAAUGUGGCCCCUUCUUUCCACGCUGACCGUCUUAUGUGUCCAGAUGUUGCUGGUGAUGUGCAAUCCACUACAGCAGGUACUCGGUGUGGAUGGAGUCAACUUCAGCGUGCAUGUGGAGAACCAGACGCAGGUGCGAGACACCAUGAGUCGGCGACACCACCGGGUCUACCAGCUCUACAGCCGCACCAGCGGCAAACACGUCCAGGUGAUAGGUCGUAAAAUCAGCGCCAAGGGAGAAGAUGGAGAUAAAUAUGCCCAGCUCGUAGUGGAGGCUGAUACCUUUGGAAGCCAGGUGAGAAUAAGGGGCAAAGAAACCAAUUUCUACCUGUGUAUGAACCGCCGUGGCAAGCUGGUAGGAAAGAAGGCCAGUAAUCGAAGUGCCGACUGCGUCUUUGUGGAAAAGGUUCUGGAAAACCACUACACAGCACUGAUGUCAGCGCGAUACACGGGCUGGUACGUGGGCUUUACGAAAAGAGGGCGUCCUCGCCGGGGCCCUCACACGCUCCCCAACCAGCAAGAUGUGCACUUCAUGAAGCGCUUUCCGCCGGGGGAGCAGCCUGACCUCACCACACCCUUCCGCUUCACCACCAUCGGCAAGCGGGGCAAGAGGGUACGAGCUACUGGGCCUCGCCAGUAGUGGCUAAUGCUAGCACCCACUGUCUUUUCAUCCAAAGCCUUGACCUGAGCCUGCUAAUGGCUAACUCAGUCAUCUCUUUUAUCACAGGUGGUUGAGCAACUACAUUUGUCGGGAGAAAAAAAAAAAAAAAACAUUGACCAGAUUCUUGAUGAAUCAUUUACAGGGUUUAGCUUCACACCGACUAAUUUGCCACUACAGCCACAUAGUUAUUGACCAUUCCUCUCAUUGUAGUUCACUUGUUGGACCAACUGGACUCUUACUGGUCCACGGCUGGACCUGGUCUGCUUCUGUUCAAUGGACAAAAGUACGGACAGGAAACUGAAAGGAAAACCAAAGUCUCCACAAAGAGCUCUGUUCCUCACCACGAAACCUUGACGUCUCCUGUUCUGUACCAGAAGUCAGUGUCACGUAUGGGAUUACAACCGGACCAUACAAUGAGACGAAGGGAGGAAAAGACUGAUGAAACAAAGUGGGUGUGUAGCCUAUGGAGAAAGGGAAAGCAGGAAGAAGAAAAGGAUGAAAACGAUGGCAGCGCAGAAAAAAGAAAAAAAAUGAUCAGCAUUGAUCAUAUUGACCAAUAACAGACUAUUGACAUGUGACGCACUUAUUUGUCUCACUGUUAAAUUGGUGGGAACCUGUGAGAAUGUGGCAUGAAUGGGAGAAUGAAUGCUAAGACGCUGUAUGAGGGAGCAAUGAAGUGAAUGACACUGAAUACACGCAUGUUCGUACGAGGACUGGAGGAAAUGUUUGGCAGAGUGUGCAUGUGCCUGGGUGUGUAUGAGCGAGCGAGCGAGUGCACCAACAACCACGAGUGAAGCUGGAUCACAGGGGACUCUGUUGAGGGACCGCGCGGUCCCUGCAUGAACCUGUGACAACUCACCGCAGGGACUGAAUCUUAUGGAACUGGAAUGUAUAAACUCCUAACUAAACUGCACCAAAUACAGUCAGCUUAUCACCAAACCAACAACCGACCAAAGACAACUGGAGACCUUCUUCAUGACUCCUCCUCACACUCUCCCUCCCCACCCGAAAGACACAACACCCUCAGUUUAUAGCUGCGUGGGGUGACGAGCGAAGGGACGGGGAGGGCCGCCUUUGCAAUUAGAAUUAUUGCUAUAGAUACGAGCCAGGGGACGAUGCUCCUGAGCGAUACCAUGGAUACAGAGUGCUGCUACCAGGACAUUCAGUGGAACAAACCAAAGUCUCAUGCAUAUACACGGGAGAUUAAAAAAAUAUUAAAGGGAACAAUUUAUUGAAAAAUCUAUAUAUUAUAUAUAAAAGAAGACAGAAACCCUAAAUAAGCAAUCUUACUAUGACGGUUACUAUAAUUAUGAUAAAAUUAUUUCAUUUAUUUAUUUCAGCUCUGUGUGCAGCAGUCUUUCUUGACUCAGUAAACCUUACAGAAACACUUCCUGUGUCUCCAUGCCUCAUUUCAAAGGAAACCACUGCUUUAUAUUAAGUUUGUUGGCAGUAGAAAUGGAACUAAAAAGAGAAAGAAAAGAGCCAAAAUGUUACACUUCAUGAACCAAAUCAUGAAAUCAACCUAAAAGCUUUGGUUAAUAGGAAUUAAUUUAAAAAACAAUUAAUUAAUUAAAAAUGUAUUUACUUUAAAUGCAUUAGCAUCAUGUCACUUAUGGGGGGCGCCCCACACAUUGAGUACCACUGCUUUAGAUGAAGUUGUUUGGCUGUAGCUAUCAAAUAUCUGCUGACAAAUUGGUCCACUUCCUAAUUAUGAAAAGAAAAAAACAAAACAAAUAUAUCUUGGUAAAUAAUGUCACUCAUUAUUUUACUACUAAAAAGAACAAUUUGAUACUCCGUCACUUUUAGAAAUUGACACCUGCAACAAGCUUAAACAAAUGGGUAGAGCAGAAAAGUAUAGUUGAAAAAUACUGAUAUAUAUUUUAGAAAUAAUAAGCUAACAAUACUUAAAAUCACUUUGGUCAUAAAAGCUGCAUUUACCAAAAGCUUGGCCUUUGUGAACAAAGAUAAACUGGGAUCAACUAAAUUUCUGUUGAACUUUGUUGGACAAGACAAUUUUAAAAACCACAAUGUCUCACUAUUGAUUCAGAUUUGGCAAUGAUAUGUAUAUAAAAAAAAUUACAAAGAAGAGAAUGUCACAACAGAAGCUGCAGACUUAAGCUGCUCAAGUGUUAUAGCAAAAUAAUUCAUUUGCAAACUUGGCAAUCAUUACAUCCCUCAUUUUAAAAUGAUCAAAAAGUGUCACUGAAAACCAAAAGGUGAGACUUCCUGUUAAGUCCUUCUGUGUCCUUGCUUGUUGCUGACAUCUUUUUCUAAAACAGUCAAUGUUUAAACAAAACCAAUCAAAUUCUUGUUGUAACGAUUACGUUUACGACUUUUCUUUAUCC